GACAAAAAUAAGGUUGAUGAGGGUCUGUUUCGAAGUCUCUCUCAGCAAAAAAGCAUUCCGUCUUAGUAGACCCGAAUGCCUUUUCUUGCUUUCUCAUAUAAAGAAUAGAAUCGUACAAGAACGGAAGAUAACCAAAUUAGCAAAGAAUUUCAAAUUCUGUGAGUCUGCGAUAUUCCAUAUCAUUUUUGGCAAUGUGUGACAUCCAGUUGCUACAAUGUCCUUCUGUUUACCAUACCUCAGACUUUACCGCCGCCAUCUCUCAGCAUACACAGAUCUGUGUCAAAGACAUUUUCACCUGGAACAGAUUCGCUCGCUCAAAGUGACACCUGCCCUUCCUCUGGUCAGAACAGCCACAACAAAAGCCGCUAAGCAUGAAGUAAUAGUUUCACAAUCAACGUGUAUCUUCGAAAACCUUUCUCUGGAAGAAUGGCUAUUUGAAAACACGGACUUUGAAAAUACAUCUUACCUGUUGAUUUGGCGAAACACCGAAACAGUUGUGAUCGGACGGCACCAGAAUGCUUGGAUUGAAGCCAAUGUGCCCCUGCUGGAGCAGAAAGGCGUCAGCAUUGCACGCAGGAACAGUGGCGGAGGAACUGUUUACCAUGAUCUUGGCAACAUCAACUUUUGUUUCCUGACAUCGCGUGAGCGAUACAACAGAAAAUGGAACCUGAAUCUUGUGACAGAGGCUGUGAAUGAUCAGUGGAUGCUGAAUCUCAGUGUGAAUGCCCGAGAUAACAUCAUGUGGAAUGACAUGUUUAAGGUGUCUGGAACUGCUGCAAGGUUGAAAUCCAAAUGUGCCUAUCAUCAUUUUACUCUACUUCUCGAUGUCAAUCUGAAUAACCUGCAGUCCUUUCUCCAGAGCCCUCUGCUCGGAGCAAGUAGUCGUGCCACAGCCAGCAUCCCUUCCUCUGUCAUCAACCUCCUUGAUGUGGAACCGCAGUUGACAUAUGACAAUGUUAUCCAGUGCGUUGCUCAGCGAUUUCUUAGUUUCAGUCAUAACUCACAGCCAACAUCCAUUGAAUUCCUCGACCUUAAGAAAGACCGGAGCCGUUUUCCUGGAUUAGAUAAAAUCUUAGAAGAUCGCUUGGACUGGACAUGGAUUUUUGGGAAGACUCCAGCUUUUACUUUGGAUCGUCAUUUCGUCACACACUGCUACCAAUCCAGAGAGACUUGCUUAAGGAUCCACUGUAAAAUUCAAGAUGGCUGCAUUAACACAUUAGAUAUCCAGUUCUCCCCCUUAGAUCAAACACUCGAUAGACUCACUACCUCAACAAAUAAUGUUUUACUGACAGAAAGGCUUAGCGGAAAACAUUUACGACCAGUUUUUGAAAGACUGCGUCAGGAUUUUUCUGAAGACAAGGAAGUGUCACCGCAUCUUUUAGAUUGGUUUUUAAAUAGCUUAUGGGUGACUCUUUUUGGUUGAAAUUCGCGUUUUUGUUGACAUAAUGAUGAGGCGAACUUCCUCGACAAGUUGGAUAAACAAAUUUGUUUGCACAGUUAAGUUGCCAUGUGGCGGUUUUCGUGUCACCAACUAUCACACUGUAUAUUAAACGAUGUGUGUGUAUGUGGAGACGUGGGUUGUUGACAGAAAGGCCAUAAAAUCAUAAAAAUCUGCCAAGUCUGUCUAAUGCACGGAAGUGUGAAAAAGUUUUAAGGCGGCGAACUGGCAGAAACGUUAGCACGCCGGGCGAAAUGUUUAGCGGUAUUUCGUCUGCCGCUACGUUCUGAGUUCAAAUUCCGCCGUGGUCGACUUUGCCUUUCAUCCUUUCGGGGUCGAUUAAAUAAGUACCAGU